AUAUGAGAGGGACGCUACCACCAACUGAGCUACAGAAGCUAACUGAAAACUUCAGCAGUAGUAAAUAUAAAUAUACACUUUCCUCGUUUUCAUUGUACCCCGAUGGUGGUACGAAAUUUGUCUUAGGAAAGGGAAACGACAUUCCUCAACGAGGAAAUGAGACACAAAUCGCUUGGUUGGUCUUCCAAAAAUAUUCAUAUUCUAAGAAAACACAUGCACUCACACAAAAAAUCUAGAAAACUUUCAAUUGGUUUCUGUACUUUUGAUAAGCAUUCGCAGCUAUCAUAAUGCGUUUUUGUGAACCCAAAUUAAACCAACUUCUUUCAUUUUUGCUUCAAGCAAAAAAAGCGAUUGUUUUGGAUGGCAGAUCCGAGGACGACUCUAAAUUGGUAUCCCGGUGAUAUAAUCGUAUUAUUAAGAAGUUUGGAUUUAACGCAUGUUUACCGACUGUAAGACUUAAAGGACCCCUACUACAGUACAGUACACUUAUAAAAUUCAACUAAGUUACAACAACGAACUCUCUACAUUCGUUACUUUGCACCAGACAUUUUAAUCAGGAGCUCAGCUUAGGUAUUUUUUUUUCGUCUUCGUUGUGAUUGAACCGAGGGUGAAUUUACUGAAAGGAGCAGAUCAGUUUGACAUUUAUUUACUACAUAUCCCAAAUUCUCGUUAUGUUUACAGGUCUUGUCGAAGCUGUUGGCAUAAUUCGUCGUGUCAUUGAGUCGCCUGAGGGAUUUUCAGUCGAUAUUGAAGAGCCAAAAAUAAUCCAAGAUUGUCGCGUGGGCGACAGCAUUGCCGUCAACGGUACAUGUUUGACGGUUACUAGUAUCGGUAAUACAAGCUUUGUGGUUGGAAUUGCUCCCGAAACUCUCCGCCUUACGAACCUAGGUUCCUUGAAGGAAGGAGACUCUGUGAACUUGGAGCGUGCCGUUCUGAGUACCACUCGUAUGGGAGGCCACUUUGUACAAGGUCAUGUUGAUACCGUAGCUGAAAUUGUAGAAAAAAAACCAGACCAAGAGGCCAUUGUUUUUACGUUCCGUCCUCGUGACUCUUCGGUUCUCAAGUACAUUGUUUACAAAGGUUACAUCGCCUUGGAUGGCAUCUCACUUACAGUUACGCACGUCGAUGAUGCGACCUUUAGCAUUAUGAUGAUCGUCUACACACAGUCAUGUGUUGUUAUGCCCAGCAAAAAUGUUGGUGACCUAGUCAAUGUUGAAGUAGAUCAACUCGGAAAGUACACGGAGAAGCUGGUGGAAGCACAUGUGAAAGAAUGGAUUAAGAAGGCUAAAGUGUAGCUACAAGUUUUGAUAAUCCCCAUUAUCAGCUUUAUGCGAACUCUCUAGUUACAUAUACAUCACUCCAUCUCCAGCUUUCGUCUAAUUUCGUAUUAUUUUUCAUUCCUAACUCAUGAAACUAUGCAUUCGUAUCAAAAAAUAAAAAUAAAAUAAGCCAAUUCUAAUAUAAUAGGUUAAAUUUUUCUUCAAGCUGAACUUUCAUUUGCAAAUCGAGCUAGAAUUGGAUAAAUAAGAUUGCGAAAUGCAGGAAGCAAUUUCGGGAUGACCUUAAAUUCUGGCUUUUGCGGGACGCCAUUGAUUGAAUGUUUUCCUUUUUGUUUUAAUCGUUGCCGUUCUUCCAUAAUGGGAUCAAACUCAAAACUUACAUUUAUCCUGCUUUCGUCCUGCUCUAUAUCGCUGUCAUUCUCUUCUUCCUCGUCUCCAUCACCUCGUAACUCAGCCAAAAUCUCUUCGUCAAGUCCAAGCUCAUCCAUAUUCACGGCGGGAAGAGUGGAUUCAUCCCCAGUUGUAUAUUUUGUUGUUUUCUUCCGAAAUAAGAAUUUUUUCUUUGUAUAGUUCCAUUCAAUAAGUCUCGUCAAUUCUUCUGAUAAUAGAUUGGUUUCGUCCGGACUCAGUUCUCUAAUAAUUUCGUCCAUGUCUAUUGGAUACGCUGAGCCAUAAUGUAAAAAUGAGAUUAUGCUUUCAAUCCAUUCCAUAAGAGAGCUAAACAGUCCACUGUCAUGCAU